CAUAUUAGUGUCUUCUUGGCGUUUGCCGCAGUCGAAUCCGAGUCCGAAUCCGAAUCCGAGUUUCGAGUCCGUAAACUGAAACUGAAUCUGCAGGCUACGGUCGUAGUGCGAUAGUGUGUGUGCGCGCCAGUGCGUGUGUGUGUUAGCCAAGUUAGCAGGGAGUCGCGUCAGCCAAAAACCAACAGUUGCCAGUUGCCAGUUGCCAGUUGCCAAUUGCCAAUUGCCAGUUGCAAAAACAGAAACAGAAACCCAACAUGACGAACUACAUAAAGAUUGUGGAGGAGCGCAUCUCCGGCCUCUCAAAAGGAGUGGAUGAGACGGUGGACAGCUGGUUCCUGAUGAGCUCCCCUGCCCCCGUGGUGGCCGUGGUCCUGGUCUACUUGGCAUUCGUUCUGAAGAUCGGACCCGAGUACAUGAAGAACCGCAAGCCCAUGGACCUCAAGCGCAUCAUGGUGUUCUAUAAUGCCUUCCAGGUCUUGUACUCCAUUUGGAUGUGCCGCACGUCCAUCCAAGAGAGCAAUGUGAUGUCGUCGAUCUUCUCGAAGAAGUGCGAGAUCAACCGCACCAGGGAACAGAAUCUGACGCUCUACUCCGGCGCCUGGUUUUACUUCUUCUCGAAGAUCAUCGAUCUGCUGGACACGACGUUCUUUGUGCUGCGCAAGAAGGACAACCAGGUGUCGUUCCUCCACGUGUACCAUCACACCAUCACGGUGCUCUUCUCCUGGGGCUACCUGAAGUACGCUCCUGGGGAGCAGGGCGUGAUCAUUGGCAUCCUGAACUCGGGCGUGCACAUCAUCAUGUACUUCUACUACAUGGUCGCCGCAAUGGGACCCCAGUACCAGAAGUACCUGUGGUGGAAGAAGUACAUGACCAGCAUCCAGCUGAUCCAGUUCGUCCUCAUCCUGGGCUACAUGCUGACCGUGGGCGCCAAGGGCUGCAACAUGCCCAAGACACUGACCUUCUUCUUCGUGGGCAACACGAUCAUCUUCCUGUACCUGUUUGGCAACUUCUACCGCAAGACCUACAAGAAGGCCAAGUCUGUGGACGGCGGCAGUCGCACCACCGGCAGCAAUUUGGCCCAAUCCGCUCUGCGCGCCGCCGGAGGAAUGGGCUGCAUGCCGCAGACCAUGAACACCGGAAAGCAUCUGCUCCAGAAUGGCCAGGCCGGAAAGGCCUACCUCGAUCUGAACAACAACAGCGUGAAGCCCAUGAAGCUGGAAUGAUCGGCGAUGCCGCCUGGGUUUCAGUUAGCAAUUACGUUUUUUAGAGCGGGGCUUAGUUUGUAACUCUUACCUUUACCUUUAUCAUUACCAUUACCUUUUACUUUUACCUUUUACCUUUACCAACUACCAGUAGUCUGUAGUCUGCGGAGAAUAACUUGUAUAAUGUUUAUAUGCCGGGCAGGCGGAUGAUGAUGAUGAUUCAAACCCAAAAAGUAGCUAGGACCCUAAGUGCGUGAAUGUGGCCAUGUUUGUGUGAGUCUGAGUACGUGUUAAUGUUUUUCUAGCUGAGUGUGUGUGAGCUAGUGUGAUAGAGCUUAUUAAUGAAAUGCAGCCGUAAAUCGUUUCGCGAAACAAGAAAAAUUCAAUAAAACUUUGAUUUUUGUAUAUUUAAUAAAACCAA